GUCACUGGCUCAAUUGCACUGUGCUUUUGUGGUCGAUAAAUACAGGAGUAACGUGAUAUUUUCUUAUAAAAAAAUUUAUUCCAUUUUGAGUGCUUAAAAAAGAAAGUUUCUCUUGAUAAAUCAUUGAUAAUUUUCCGCUCCAACAACAUCUUCUCUUGAAAAUGAUAUUGUGGUGGCAUUUUUAAUAUCUAACGAAAUAAAAUCAUCAACAAAGAUAACAAUGCCGCUGGCAACUUUGACACUUCCCUGGAGUCAAAACCAUAUAAUCACGAACCAUAACAAGCAAGAAUCUGUGAUGUUACCGUCUGAAGGAGAAGAUGCGGAAAUGGUAUCAGAUAAUCAUGAGGAGGUCAUAUGUACUCAAAAUUCGAUAGAAUUGCAAUCAAACGGAUGUUCUGAAUCCCACGAGAUUGAAGUGCGUGAAGUAGUUCGUGAUGGUCUUGAAAAAGCCGAACCAGGACAUUUCGAAUUGCUCAAAGUCCUCGGUCAAGGUUCUUUUGGCAAGGUGUUUCUUGUGAGAAAAAUUUUUGGCAAAGAUGUUGGAACACUUUAUGCCAUGAAAGUCUUGAGAAAAGCAACUCUUAAAGUUCGAGACCGAGUUAGAACAAAAAUGGAACGUAAUAUUCUCGUCGAUGUGGAACAUCCAUUUAUCGUUCGACUGCACUAUGCAUUUCAAACCGAAGGGAAACUCUAUUUGAUCCUUGACUUUUUACGAGGGGGAGAUCUUUUUUCACGAUUAUCCAAACAGUUAAUGUUCACUGAAGAGGAUGUAAAAUUUUACUUGGCUGAAUUGGCAUUGGCACUCGAUCACAUUCAUAAAUUGGGUAUUAUUUAUCGUGACUUAAAACCGGAAAACAUUUUAUUAGAUAUAGAAGGUCACAUAUCUUUAACCGAUUUUGGACUGAGUAAGCAACCUUUAGAUGAUACGAAAACCUAUUCGUUUUGUGGUACUGUCGAAUAUAUGGCACCAGAAAUUGUCAAUCGAAAAGGACAUUCGUUCGCUGCCGAUUGGUGGAGUUAUGGAGUUUUAAUGUUCGAAAUGCUGACGGGCUCACUUCCGUUCCAAGGGGACAGUCGAAAAAAGACCAUGACUCACAUCCUGAAGGCAAAAAUAGGAAUGCCGAGUAAUCUUUCUCCGGAAGCGCAAGCUCUCUUAAGAGUCUUGUUCAAGAGGAAUCCGGUCAAUCGUCUCGGCUAUGGAGGAGGAGAAGAGAUAAAAAAUCACGUAUUCUUCGCUACAAUCGAUUGGGAAGCUUUGUACAGAAAAGAAAUCAAACCCCCAUUUAAACCGGCAGCAAGUCGUGAGGAUCAUGCAUUUUAUUUUGAUAAUGAAUUCACCUGUAAAACGCCCAAGGAUUUGAUUACAGAUUCACCUGGUGUGCCAGUAAGUGCAAAUGCUCAUGAAUUAUUUCGUGGCUUUAGUUUUGUUGCCCCCUGUCUUUUGGAGGAGAAUGCCACCUAUCAAGUUGCGAAAAAUAACGAAUGCAUUACGAGUACAUUUCCAACUUAUGUGAAUCACAAUCAAGUUAUCGAAGAAUAUGAUUUUUUACAAGAAAUUGGUAAAGGAAGUUUCAGUACCGUCUAUCAUGCAGUUCAUAAGACCACAAAAUGUGAAUAUGCAAUUAAAGUUAUUGACAAGUGUCAAAAGAAUCCAACUGAGGAAAUUGAAAUUUUGUUACGAUACGGUGGACAUCCACAUAUUGUUUCACUUCGUGCGCUUCAUGAGGAUGAAAAGCGUGUUUAUCUUGUUUUGGAACUUUUGCGAGGCGGAGAACUUCUCGAUCGUCUAUUACAGAGAUGUAAUUUCACUGAAAGAGAAGCGGCCGAAGUUCUCUAUGUCAUCACCAGUAUUGUCAAGUAUCUUCACGAGAAUGGGGUCGUGCAUCGUGACUUGAAACCUUCGAAUAUUUUGUACGCAAAGCCAGGAGGCGAUCCAUCAACUUUGUGCAUUUGUGAUCUUGGAUUUGCGAAGCAGCUUCGAGCUGAAAAUGGCCUACUGAUGACGCCGUGCUAUACGGCAAAUUUUGUUGCACCGGAAGUCCUCAAACGACAAGGAUACGAUGCAGCCUGUGAUAUUUGGUCACUUGGAGUUUUAUUGUAUAUCAUGUUGAGCGGUUAUACUCCAUUUCCAAAUAGUCCUGGCGAUAGUGCAAACGAUAUUUUGGAUCGCAUUGGCACUGGUUAUUUGGACGUGGAGACCGGUGUCUGGACACAAAUCACCAGUGAAGCCAAGGAAUUGGUGAAGAGAAUGCUUCAUGUGGAUCCAACACGAAGACCCACUGCUGCUUGUAUACUAAAAUAUCCCUGGAUCGCCAAUCGACAGCAUCUCCCACCGAAAGUCUUGCCCAUCAUCACCAAAGAUCGCGAUUCAUUAAAGAGCGAGGUUGCAGCGACAUACAGAGCGAUGUCAAGCAGUCCAAGAAAACCUCACAUUGGUCCAGUUGGUCUCUCCGAACUCGCGAGACGUCGAACACAAGCGAAACCUUCCUCAACAGUUAAGGUUUAAAUUUCCCCCUCUCUUAUGUGCCAGAGAAUAUAAUUCCAAUCAAAUAAAAUGCAAGAGUUGCAUAAAUUUUAUAAAUUAAGUUUUAACUGAGAAUUCCAUUAGAAAAUAGUUCACUUAAAAAAAAAAGAAAUCAAUUAUAAAGAAAAGCUGAAAGGAAUAUUGAAAAAGAAA